UACAGCAAAGACAGAAAGAUAAGAUCAAGUGCAUUCGUUGUUAAGACUCAGUAUAUUCAGACGGUAUUUAGACCCAGUGGAAACAGAUUGGUUGUGAGAUACUUAACACCAAUGUCAGCACUGAUUACUUCCUCACUGCUAAAGCAAGGUGCUCACAGUCUCAGAUCUGCGCAUGGACUCAAACACAGCAAGACUUGGAAAUUAUGCAGCACAAGUUUGCUCCAGUGGUGUCGGUCCCUCCACGUGGACAGUCCACCUUACAAACCCUCUCUGACCAGCAGCUAUGUCCAUGGCACCUCCUCCAUCUCUCUGCUCCCCCUGACUGUAGGCCAGAUCCUGGACUCCACAGUCCAGCGCUGGCCUGACCAUGAAGCUGUGGUCUUCCUGCAGGAUGGCAUCCGGAGAACAUUUGCACAGUUUCAGCAAGAUGUUGACCAGAUGGCUGCAGGUCUGCUUGCUUUAAGCUUGAAGCGAGGCGACCGGCUGGGAGUUUGGGGACCCAACAUAUAUGAGUGGAUCCUUUUCCAGUUUGCUUCAGCCAAGGCUGGAAUUAUACUGGUAUCAUUGAAUCCGGCCUAUCAAGUGAAGGAAGUGGAGUUUACUCUAAAGAAGGUCCAGUGUAAAGCUGUGGUCUGCCCUACUCGCUUUAAAACACAAAAUUUCUGUGAGAUGCUGAGGGAGAUCUGCCCAGAGAUUGACACAACGCCAGAAGGCAUGAUCAAAAGCUCCAGGGUGCCAGACUUACGGAUGGUGAUUGUGACUGAUAGCAGACAACCGGGGAUGCUCCAUGUAGACGAUGUGAUGCAAGCAGCGGAGAGUCGGCACCACAAAGAGCUGACGGAUCUGCAGAGCAAGCUGUCCUCAGAUGAACCCAUCAACAUUCAGUUCACAUCAGGGACUACAGGGAGUCCAAAGGGAGCCACUCUCUCCCACCACAAUAUUGUAAACAAUGCCUACUUUAUUGGUCUCCGAAUGGGUUAUGGAUGGAGACCUCAGGUGCGAGUGUGUGUGCCCGUACCCAUGUACCACUGCUUUGGCUCUGUGCUGGGAGGGAUGAGUAUGGCGGUGCAUGGUAUCACACUGGUCUUCCCAUGCUCUGGCUACAGUAGCCGAGCCAACCUAGAGGCCAUUCAGAGCGAAAAGUGCAAUUUCGUCUACGGCACUCCCACAAUGUUCGCCGACAUGCUUAGCCAAGAUUUACACAAGUAUGAUUUGUCAUCAGUUGAAGCUGGUAUCAUGGGAGGUUCUCCGUGCCCUCCUGCGAUUAUGAGAAAACUGAUAACAGACAUGAACAUGAAAGAGAUAACGAUAUGUUAUGGAACCACUGAGAACAGCCCUAUUACAUUCAUGGGAUUCCCACAAGACACAGAGGAGCUGAAGACGAACACUGUUGGAUGCAUCAUGAGCCACACUGAGGCUAAAGUGGUGGAUCCUACUAAUGGGGAGAUUGUCCCUCUCGGGGCCUCAGGUGAGCUGAUGAUCAGAGGCAGCUGUGUGAUGCAUGGAUACUGGGACGAUCCUGAGAAAACCAGACAGGCUAUUUGCCAAGCCCGCUGGUACAGGACUGGUGACGUGGCCAGUCUGAACAGUCUGGGAUACUGCUGCAUCGAAGGACGCAUAAAGGACAUGAUCAUUCGAGGAGGGGAGAACAUCUACCCCGCUGAGAUAGAGCAAUUUCUCUAUACACAUCCCAAAGUACAGGAGGUGCAGGUGGUCGGAGUGAAAGAUGAGAGGCUGGGCGAGCAGGUGUGUGCCUGCAUCAGGCUGAUGGAGGGCCAGACCUCCAGUGCAGAGGAGAUAAAAGCAUUCUGCACAGGCCAGAUUUCUCACUUCAAGAUGCCACACUAUGUGAUCUUUGUAGACAGCUACCCUCUGACAGCCUCUGGAAAGAUCAAGAAGAACUUAUUAAAGGAGGCAAUGGAGAAGAAAUUAGGUCUUUAAUUUAGUGUAGCCUGAUGGACAGAAUAUCAGUGAGCUGAAGUGGUACUAUAUAAUGAUUGGCAGCUGGAUUGUCAUUACUUGAAAUUCUUCUACUUUUAUAGCAGAUGUAUACUCAAACAUUGUACAACAGUAAUGACAUGACAUGAAUGGCAAAUGAGCAUACUCCAUCCACCGAUGAAGGCCACAAGAUGUGACUUAAAGCUUUGGAAAAUGUCAGCAGACCUUGUGCUGUAUCAACUUACAUUAUAGCAUUUGACCCAAACAA